AUGAUUUCAGAAUCAGCAACGACAACAGCAGUGCCUUCAAUCACCAGCACCCAGCCCAUAACGAUUAAAACAGCAUACCCGACUACCACUUCAGAGCCGAACACGACUACGACGGCCUCUACCGACCACUACAGAACCGAGCACGACUACAGCGGCACCUUCGACCACUACGGAACCGAGCACGACUACAGCGGUACCCUCGACCACAGCGGAGCCGAGCACGACUACAGCGGUACCCUCGACCACAGCGGAGCCGAGCACGACUACAGCGGCACCUCGACCACUGCGGAGCCGAGCACGACUACAGCGGCACACUCGACCACUGCGGAGCCGA